AUGCAUGUUCAUUUUUUAAAAAAGAAAGCUAUAUAUUAUGAACAAGUUCUAAAAAUAUCAAAAAGCUAUUAUAAUAUUACUAACCAAAAAACAAUAAAUUUCUAUAGUGCUUUAUUAGCCCCUCAAAAUGGAUUCAUUAGAAAGAGCAGUAGUAAUAAAUCAAGCAUAAUAAAUAUGUACAUUUAUAUAUUAAGCUAUUCAAUUCUGAUUUUAUUAAUACAAUACAUAAGGAGUAAACAUCUUCCCUUUCUAAACUUCAUCCUUAUAAAUCUGUUUAGUUCUAACCAAAAUGGUAGUACAACAGAUUUGAUUCUAUGCUUUCUAACACGCGGCUAUUUUUAA